GAGGAGCCAGCCUCCAUGUUGGGGAAGCAGGGGAGGAGGAGGCGGUUCUCCUCCUGGUCUCUGCCUUCCUCCCGCUUCCAUCCCCGCCUCCUCCUGGCUCUCCUCCCGAGCCCCGCAGCCCUGCUCCCUCUGGCUCCGUCCCGGGCACCAUGGCCGGCCUGAGCAACAGCCACAGCAGCCCCGGAGGAGGAGGAGGAGGCAGCGGGCGGCCCCCGGGACCCUGCUGCCAGUCCUGCAUCGUGAUUGGAGACGAUGAACAGGGUUAUGAUCUAGACUUAUUCUGCAUACCAAAACAUUAUGCAGACGAUCUGGAGAAAGUCUACAUUCCUCAUGGUCUUAUUAUGGACAGGACGGAAAGAUUGGCACGAGAAAUUAUGAAGAGCAUGGGAGGACAUCAUAUUGUGGCUCUCUGUGUACUUAAGGGGGGUUAUAAAUUUUUUGCUGACUUGCUGGAUUAUAUCAAAGCCCUGAACCGGAACAGUGACAAGUCUAUUCCUAUGACUGUCGACUUCAUCAGGUUGAAGAGCUACUGUAAUGAUCAGUCAACUGGUGAUAUCAAAGUAAUUGGAGGGGAUGACCUCUCAACCUUGACUGGGAAGAAUGUCUUGAUUGUAGAAGAUAUCAUUGAUACCGGCAAGACAAUGAAGACCCUCCUCUCUCUGCUGAAGCAGUACAAUCCAAAGAUGGUAAAAGUAGCCAGCUUGUUGGUCAAACGGACACCUCGAAGCGUAGGAUACCGGCCUGACUUUGUUGGAUUUGAAGUGCCAGACAAGUUUGUGGUGGGAUAUGCUCUAGAUUACAAUGAAUAUUUCAGAGAUUUAAAUCACAUUUGCGUGAUCAGUGAGAUGGGGAAGCAGAAAUACAAGGCGUGACACUUGCUGGUUUCAGCGCAGCAGCCACAGGAUUUUGAAGCCAACACCCACAGCGUCCAUUUCCCAUCCAUUGCCUGAGGCUCUGGUCACCAGCUUCUAAUUGUGGAGUGCUCCCACCUUCUUGUCAUUUGCUUGCUAUAACUUAUUGCAUGUACAGUAUGGGAACUGUGUCUUGUUUAUUUACCUUUGAGAAACUAACAGAGAGUGCAAUUGUUCACCCUUCCUUCCUCUCUUUAUUCUCUCUCUUUCUCCCCCCCUCCACUUGUUUUUCUUUUUUUACAAAGUUGCACUAUGACGCUACUGAUUCUAGCUCCUCCCUGUUGGGAAUUUGCUCUGUGUUGAACCCAGGUUUAGCCCUCCAGCACACUGUACUACUUUCCCCCUGUCUUUAAACCUCAUCAGCUCAGAACUGAAAUAGUUAUAUAAGUACUGUAAAUGUAUAAGGCAUUUUAAGAUGGGAAAAUCUAUAUUAGUAAUAUUUUUUUAAGAAAAACAGGUAAUUUAAGUUUUAUAUUGUAAUGAGUGCAGAAUUUGGGGUGAUUCUUAGAUAGCUGCUCUGGGGGACGGAGGUGCUGUUCCCUUCCAAAGAGGUGUGGGGUCAGCUCCUGAUGGUUGCUAUAGUCUUGAAGGAGUAUGGACAAUGUUCUGCUAAACUGUUUUUUCCAGGAGUUGCCUUACUUGCCUCUCGCAGAAGUUCCGAGUUUUACACACAAAAAAGAGCAAGUGACAAAACCGAAUGUUUAAGCCACUUCUGAGCUUUCUAUCUCCUGUAGGAAUGAGGGCACAGUUCACUGGGAGCCCCUCUCACACCAGCCCUAUAGAAGAAAAUGGGCAUUCGUUUCCAAAAGGCUUGCGUGUGAGAAGUUCCAAGUGGAUUGUGUCUUAAUUUCUCCUUUUCUGUCUCCAUCAGCUUAGCAGAGUUGCCUUUCAGAUUUAACAACGACCUCUGUGUGAAACCUUCAGUGAAAAAUGAUUGUAAUGUUGUACGAAGUGCACAGAACCAACGCACUUUAAAAUAAAGGCUGUCUCUCCAAAGGA